GUUUUACGUCAGACCAAACGAGCUAUAGAUGGUUGUGUAUCUGCUGUUAUUAUGACUGAUACCAAUCCGGCUUUGGACUUUGCAAUUUCUGAGGAGUAUGAACAAUCAUAUGCAAUGUAUUGCAUUUUCCAUAUCUUACAAAAUCUUCCUCGAAACCUCAAGGCUAAACUUUAUAAAGCUAGAAAUUCACUUGUUCCAGAAGUUUUUGAACAAAAGUGA